AGAAUGACUUAAAAGAUGGAGUCAACACGCGCAUUUGCUAUUGGCAUAUAUGCUCAGAUCUCCAGUCCAUUCUAAGUCCUCCUGCUCAACUAAAGUUAAGCUGCAACGAGUAUCAGGUCGAUUAAUUUCUCUUGCUUAAUUUGAUCGAUCAAAUUCAUUACUCUUCGAAAAAUGGCAGAUAUAGCUGUAAAUUUUCUAGUGGAGAACUUGAUGCAAUUGUUACGUGACAAUGCUGAGCUACUUAUUUGUGUUAAAGGUGAAGCUGAGAAUCUGCUUACAGAUCUAAACGAAUUCAAUGCUUUCCUCAAACAAGCUGCAAAAUGCCGCAGUGAAAAUGAAGUUCUGAAGGAAUUAGUGAAGAAGAUUAGAACAGUGGUCAACAGUGCUGAAGACGCUAUUGAUAAGCUUGUAAUUGAGGCCAAGCUUCACGAGGACAAAGGGGUAGUAAAGUAUGUGGACAUUGCUCAUUAUAAAAGAGUGAGGGAUGUGGCUGUUGAAAUAAGAGGUAUUAGAGAAAGAGUGAAGGCAAUGCGUCAAGAAAAUGCCCAUGGCCUUCAGGCACUUCAAGAUGAAGAUCCUUUUGCUGUCGAAGAGAGAAAGCCUCCGGUGGUAGAGGAAGAUGCUGUUGUGGGUUUUGACGAGGAGGCAGACAAGGUAAUCGACCGUCUUCUUCAAGGGUCAGGCGAUCUAGUGGUUAUACCAGUUGUUGGUAUGCCUGGACUUGGCAAAACUACCCUAGCGAACAAGAUUUACAAGCAUUCUAAAAUUGAAUACGAGUUCUUUACUCGUAUUUGGGUUUAUGUUUCUCAAUCCUACAGGAGAAGAGAAUUAUUUCUCAACAUCAUCAGUAAAUUCACACGGAACACUAAACAGUAUCAUGAUAUGUGUGAGGAGGAUUUAGCUGACACAAUACAAGGGUUUUUGGGAAAAGGAGGAAAAUACUUGGUUGUCUUGGAUGAUGUAUGGUCUACAGAAGCUUGGGAACGCAUCAAGAUUGCUUUCCCAAACAACAAUAAAUACAAUAGGGUAUUGUUGACUACUCGAGAUAGUAAAGUUGCUAAACACUGCAAUGAUACCCCUCGCAAUUUGAAGUUUUUAACUGCCAAAGAAAGUUGGAUUUUACUAGAGAAAAAAGUUUUUCAAAAGGAUAAAUGUCCUGAUGAAUUAGGAAGACCUGGACAAAGCAUAGCCCGAAAAUGUAAGGGAUUACCCCUUGCAAUUGUGGUGAUUGCUGGAGCUUUAAUAGGAAAAGGCAAAACAACAAGGGAGUGGGAACAAGUGGAUCAGAGCGUGGGUGAACACCUUAUAAAUAAAGACAAUCCAGAGAAUUGUAAUAAAUUGGUGCAAAUGAGUUAUGAUCGCUUGCCUUACGAUUUGAAAGCAUGCUUUCUGUAUUGUGGUGCAUUUCCCAAGGGCUUUGAGAUUCCUGCUUGGAAAUUGAUCCGAAUGUGGAUCGCUGAAGGGUUCAUCCAGUACAAAGGGAACUUACCACUUGAAUAUAAAGCAGAGGACUACUUGAACGAUCUCGUCAAUAGAAAUCUAGUGAUGAUAAUGCAAAGGACAUCUGAUGGCCAAACGAAAACAUGUCGUCUUCAUGACAUGUUGCACGAGUUUUGCAAGCAAGAAGCUACAAAGGAGGAAAAUCUUUUCCAAGAAGUAACAAUAGGUGUUGAGCAAUCUUUUCCUGGAAAACGGGAACUAUCCACCUACCGUCGUUUGUCUAUUCAUUCCUCAAUUCUAGAAUUUUUGUCUACAAAGCCCGUUGGUGAAUAUGUCAGGUCAUUAUUAUCUUGUUCUUCGAAAAAUAUUGAGAUUCCUGCUGCUGAUAUCCCUGUCAUACCAAAGGGCUUUCCAUUGCUAAGGGUUUUGGAUGUUGAAUCCAUCAAAUUCAAUCGCUUUUGCAAGGAGUUCUUUCAGUUAUAUCACUUGAGGUAUAUUGCUAUCUCUUCUGACUUGGUCAAGGUUCCAAAACGCAUUGGGGAACUUUGGAACAUACAAACCCUCAUCAUUAACACACAACAAAGCACUCUUGAUUUUCAAGCAGAUAUAUGGAGCCUCCCGCGACUAAGGCAUUUGCACACUAACACUUGUGCUAAGUUGCCUACACCUGCUGCCCCAAAAAGUAAUAAAGUUGCUUUAGUAAAUCAAAGCCUACAAACUCUCUCCACAAUUUCACCUGAAAGUUGCACAGAACAAGUGUUUGCAAGGGCUCCAAAUUUGAAAAAACUGGGCAUUCGUGGGAAAUUAGCUUUGCUGCUGGAAGCAAAUAAGACUGGAUCGUUCAACAGCGUUACGAAGCUACAUUGCCUCGAAAACCUGAAGCUGAUAAAUGAUGGCCGUCAAACUGGGAAACAAUUGUCUCUUCCUCAAGCAUAUAUCUUUCCAACAAAGUUGAGGAAGUUGUCUUUAUCAGAUACCUGGUUGGAGUGGGAUGAUAUGUCCAUAUUGGGGCAGUUAGAAUACCUUGAAGUUCUGAAACUGAAAGAAAAUGCAUGCAAGGGGGAGUGUUGGGAGCCAAAAGUCGGAGGCUUUCGUUCCCUACAGUUUUUGUCGAUUGAACGGACAAACUUAGCUUCAUGGACUGCCUCAACUGAUCAAUUUCCAAGGCUUAAGCACAUUGUUCUCAUAUGCUGCGAUAACCUUGAGGAAAUUCCCAUCGGCCUGGCUGAUAUACGUAGCCUCCAAGUGAUGGAGUUGCAAAAUUCCACCAAAGCAGCAAAAUCUGCCCGGGAGAUACAAGUCAAAAAAGACAAGCAAACUCAAGAGGGGACUAAAAACAACGGGUUCAAGCUCUCUAUAUUCCCUCCUGAUCUUUGAUUGCCAUUGGAUAUACACCUUCUCUUGAGGUCUUCAAUGAAUCACAUUGCAUGAUGUUGUACCUUGGAUCAAAUUACCCCUCCAGUGGUGCCAUAUGGUUUUGCUGCUUUCUGCUUCAUUUGGCACUCGGGUUCUCAGAAUGAAUCCUGCUGCGUUUUGUGAUUCCUGUCAUCCCAAAUAUGGUAUUUAGUUAGUUCCUUAAUGAAACUAUCUUAUAAGUAAUUUUAAGUACUCCACAUUUUUCUUUAUACUUGGAAAAACUGAACCACGCGAAAGUGGAGUAUUUUUACUAAUCUGAACAUCAGUAUGGCCCUUGUAGUGUAUACACAAUGCACCUUGAGUGUAUACUAUAGACUUCAGUGUAUAAUCAGGUACUACUUAUAAUGUGUAUGAGAAGUAUAUACUCGAUGUAUAGUCUAUGUA